AUGAUCGAAGCUCUUGAGCAGACUGGUAGAAAAUCUCGGUUAAUUGGACAAGGAGUGUCGGAAGUAGAGUUGGCAACAUCGGAUGGAUCGGUAAAUGUCUGGAACUUAGAGAUGAUAAUACUUUACUUGAUAACUGCAGUUAAUAUGAGUAUUCAGCUGGUGCUGAAGAUCAGGAUAAACUCUGCUCCACUGCUGAACAUGGCCUCAACCCUGAUGGUUGUCAGAUUCAUGCAUGGUCCUGAAAGGCUAUUAUCAACCAUAAAGGAAAAGCUCUGCAAAGCCAUGGACUCAAUUGAUAUCCUUCAUACAAACAAUCUAAGACUUGAGGCUUGA